GUGUCGCGUUGCAGGCCGCCCUCUGGAGCUCCCGUGCGCGUCUCCGCGGUCUCGGUGGGGCACCUUGUACCUUGCGUGGUCUCGAAAAAUAGAUAGCGUUUUGUGUUGGAACUCAGCAGCUCGGAGCAGUCGUCGGUUUUACUGGGAGCAGUCUAUGCGGUGAGGAAAGGGUACCGGGGGAGCCUGUGCACGGACAGCAGUUGCACGGUCAUUGCUACGUGCAACCGUUAAGAAUUAUAACAGGAAAAGAAGACUGAACAAAAUCACCUGGAGUGGCCAUUUAAUAGACAAAGCAGAACCAGUCUGUUUUUAUUUUUCUUUUUUUUGUUUGUUUGUUUUUUUUUAACCGAUGGAUACAAGAUAAGCGAAAGAGGGCAUAAAUUCUUUGUGAAGGGUAAGAUUUUUUAUUUCGCAUAAGAUACCUGUUAAGAAAUCGCAUGCGAGAAACGAUCAACAGGCUCUGCGCGCCGCAUAACUGAUCGGCUAGCGCAGCGCCGUCCGCCUGCUCUUUCGGACUGAAGGACUUUAAAAAGAAAUCAACUGAACCGGAGCUGCAGUGUCUAGUCGUCGUAGCGGAAAUCAGCGUUGAAUAUACAGACGACUUCCCGGCCAGACGAAUCGCACGUCCGUUGGAAUGGACUCUACCCCUUCUAGCUCAACUGCCCUGCACACGCCGGAGAGGAAAUGAAUGGACCACCUUUGAAUGACACGAGGCAAGCCGUCCCUUUUUGCGAUUUUGAACGUUCAUACAGCUUCGCGAAAAAUAAAGGAGGAUGUCACAUGGAAACAAAGGGGAAACGGACGAUUGUAGUGAGUGGGGGAACCUGUGACACACCAGGGGAAAAACUGCGAUUGUAGCGGAAGAAGAAUAAGUUUGCUGCAUCCAAACCCAAAUCGCCUGUCAGUGUUCGUAUGUGCACAUCGCCGUUAACAGGCGGUUACCUCCCUCUUACAAAUCUGUGAGUUCACCUGCCUGAUGUUAUCCACAGACGGACAAUGCACGUGCAUCCCUGCUGAAGAUGCUCCCUUUCAUUUUACUUGGGUGUAACCCUAAAUUGGAGGCCACGGCAUAAGGUUCGUUUGGUAUAUAUAAAAAAAAACAUUCUUGCAAUCGCUAAACAUUAUAAUGGGUGUUAAAGCGCGUUGAAUCCUUCAAGAGUUGACAAAAAAAAAAACAAAGCAUAAACCAUAUUCGUUAGGACGGUGAUAAAACUUUGCGCACUGCACUGCAAAGAAGCCUACAGAAAACAUAACCUGAAAUUAUUACACAAAAGAAAGACCGAAAGGGGGAGUUAGGGAGACAAGGCGAGGGGUUCUUCUUUAGCAAAAAAAAAUUACUGGGGGAUGUAACGCGCUCUUCAUGUUAAUCAAAUGAGCGAACAGGUUAAUAACUUGGACUUUGUGUGGGUGCCACGGCGCCUGGACGCGAUUUUUGACGGCUUUCGGAUUCGGUUAACCGUCGCGUUUUCCGAUUGCAAAGAAACAAUUAGCCGACAGACGUAUGGAGGGGGGGUCUUAGGGAGCGGAAUCAAGGGGGGUGACACAAACUGGACCUCAAUGUGCUCGGUGAAUCCCAAACAGUUUGUUAAUCUAGUAUUAUCUGCGAAUUGAAGAGAGGUAAACAGUGUAGUGUGCCUGCAGCCCUUCUGUGAGCCAAGGCUGGUCAGAUCUCUGCUUAUCUGUCCCGCGAUAUAAUCUUCUGGCAGCUGCGCCGCUCCUGCGUUUAUUUAUCUAUUAGAUUAUACAUUUGUUGGUUUUUUAAUGCGUCCAUAUACUCAUCCAUGUUGUGCGCUCGCCGUCCCCUGAGUCGCGGGGAGCCGCGCGUCUUUUAUGUAUUUAAUGACUGAUGUAUCUAUGUAUUCGUUUAUGCUUACAUUUUGUGCAGUCGCUGUCUUAAAAACAAAUCGGAGCUAGUUUUAUGACCGUAUGUAUGUUUAUUUGUAUCUGUUGGGUUAUAUUUACGUAUUACCCUAUAUAAACGCAAAUUCUUCAUUCGUUUUCUAUCAUACUUUUACACGCUCCCAUACCAGCAACAGGCAACCCCUUGCUUAAAAUAUGAAGUGCAAGUAAGUCUCUUCAAUGGAUACUUUCAGUUUGGGGGAGCAAAAAAAACAAAACAUUGUCUAUGAAUAAACCUCACUUUCCGUCUGCAAAAUAAAAAAAAGUACCAAAAGAUGGCUUACUUCCGAUGACCGCUCUGCGGAUUUGCUAAACUGACCAUAAUUUAUUUUUCAUCUUCUUAUCAAAUCAUUAUAAUACCGAACUGAAAUGUAAAGAAAAAAAAUAUGCCGUCCGCACUGUGAUACCUAAGACAGCAAUAACAGAAAAAAAAAGAAGCAAGCCAAAGAACGGAUUUUACAAAGCGGUGUGCUUAUUGUUAUCUCCUUCGGCCAAUAUUAAUAAGCCCGUUUGGAGAUAAUCUGUUUCAGUAAGAAGAGAAGAGACUACAGUUCCUGAGCAGACACGAGAUCCUGUCAUAUCGGCUUCUGAAAUCCACCGCAAUGUUCUGAGUACCUGCUAAAGUAUUAGCAGGUCGUGGGCAGCCGCAGCCUAUCCCGACAGUAAGGAGUAACAAAAAAAAAAAAAACAAAAAACAAAAAGCAGGGACAAACCCUGGGCAGGAAGCCAAUCAGCAUUCAAAUAAAUGCCAAUUGGCACUGGACUUAUUUAUUUAUUUAUUUAAUUCCCAGUGUCAAAUCAUUUGCCGUCCGGUUGUAACUAAUAUGCAAUCAUUGGAAGCUUUUUCUUGUGUUCAGUCUCCGCCUGCUUUAUUUAUUUGCUGAACACAAACCCAGGAAAACAAGAUCGCGCUCGGACAGUUUACAGCUAUCUAGUUUUAUACACCGUGGAUCAGUAAGGGGUGUCAUUCUGGAACACUGUUUUAGGUGUAUGUAACAUCAGUCAUUCAAUCAAUGAAUACCUUACAGAAACAAUAUUAACCAUCGCGUGGCGUAUUGCAUCCAUCCAUUUCCCUGAAUUUGCUUCCUUUCAAUAUUUGUUCUUCUGUCUGGGCGUUGGAAACAAGACAAGCUCGACAAUAUCUCACUGUGACUUUUGUUCUUUCGGCCUCUCAGUGGUCUCCGGCACGCUGCAUACCUGUUUCAGAGGCAAAGCUAAGCGCUACAAGUGGAACCUGCAAGUAAGCAUUAAGGACCACCUGUUGAAGAGAACAAAUAGCAAUCACACCAGCUUCCAUACUUCGCAGCCAAACUAGCCUCGGGGAUGAGGAAGGAGAUUUAUCCCAAGCCCUGCUGUUUGAAAGGGGGGUCGCGUUUCUUCUUCUUUUUUCUUUUUUUGCACUGAAAGGAUUACAAUGUUCUCCAGGUUUAUCUCAUCCUACACAUUUUGACUGGGGGCGACUUUUGGGGUUAUGCGGAAUCCGCCUAACCGGACACCGAUCUCCAGCUGUGAGGAAAAGGGAGAAGGUGUGCCGGUUGAACUGGGAAGAGACUUAUCGAUUACAAGUAAUUCUUACCGUUAAAGUGGACAUCAGCUGGUAUUUGACGGCCGAUUGAUUGAUCGAUCUGAACAGUGAGAGGUGGGAUGUAAAAUUGAACUCCCUUCUGUAAAGUGAUGAGAGGAGCCACGAUGGAUUGCUCACAGUCGCAUAUACGCGCACCUGGAUUGACAGUGGGGAGACGUACACAUUUCGGACGUUUCUUUAAGGAUCGGUGAAUAAAUAGUAGGCGCUAAUGUUUUACACCUUAAACAUAUUUCUGUUUUUGGGCAACUGAAUUAUCGUAUAUAAUAGGAUGAUUGUGACAUUCGGGUGAUUUUCGCUAAAGAGCGCAAACAAGAACUGCUCAAACGCAGAAUAACGAGAUUUUAUUAUUAUUAUUGAAAGCCGCUCGGGGAUUUACUAAGCCGACAGGGAUACGCUUAAAAGGAUUAUUGAGGAACAAAACAGCGAUUUGUCUAAUUCCCCUUGAAUGCUUCUGUUUAUUCAUUAAGACGGGCCCGCUUGACUAAUUGGAGAACAUUACUCUGAAUUUGGAAAGAAAAAGGCCGUUUACUCACAAGGACGGUGAAUUGACUGUAUUUUUUUUUUUCCCUUCUUUAAAGAACUCUACUUUUUUUUUUUCUUCACUGUUGAGUCUUGGAAGCACACAUUCCUGGAGGCGCCCAGACGCCGUAUAGACCAGCGGCUGGCAGAAAGAAGAUUGCUCGUCCAUCAUGGUCACAUCUGCAUUUCUUGGUUCCUGUCCCACCUCGUUGCCUCUGCUCAGCCACACCUUUAAAAUGCUCCUGUUUGCUGCUCUGACCACCUGCUCAUCGCCUUUUCUGGGGGACGGAGAAGAUGCAUCAAAGCUCAGCCUGGGCAUCCCUCACCGUGCUGGCACACUCAACAUUGCAGUGGUCUUCAGUGGACCUUCUUACCCUUCUGAUAUGCCUCGGGUGGUCCUAGGUGGUCCUUAUAUCGGAGCUACUUACAUCUCAAGCAGCUCUGGCCUUCCAGGGCUCGGAGGUAGCCCUUACCACAUAGAUGUGAAGGACGUGAACAUCAUCCACGUUGUACUAAAUGAGACCAGCCCACGCUCACUGAUUCUACGCCUUUGUGAUGUUCUCUCCAGUUUGCCAAUCCACGGUGUGGUCUACGAGGAAGAGGUGACAUCACGGGCGGGGUCUGGAAGUGCAUCAGCUGUCGCUCAGAUUUUGGACUUCAUUUCUGCCCAAACCAGCGUCCCAAUUGUGGGUGUGGGUGGAGGGGCAGCUUUGGUACACACACCCAAGGAAAGUGGGUCUACAUUUCUGCAGCUGGGCUCUUCAACCGCCCAGCAGCUCCGAGUCAUAUUUGAGGUCCUGGAAGAGUACGAUUGGACCUCCUUCUCACUGGUUUCCACUAGACACCCUGGAUUCGAGGACUUUCUGUCCUUUGUGGAUGCCAUCACUGACGGCUCUUUCAUUGGCUGGGAGCGGCGCUCUGUGGUCCUCCUUAAUCUUACCGAGGACCCCGGGGGUGCCAGGACCAAGAGACAGCUGAAGGAAAAUGGAGCUCAGGUUCGCUUGCUCUAUUGCUCCAAAGAAGAAGCCGAGAUAGUCUUCAGGGCAGCCAAGGGUGCUGGACUAGCCGGGCCAUCCUACAUCUGGUUUGCAGUGGGGCCCAGUCUGUCUGGUUUAGAGUACCUGGCCCCCGAGCUUCUCCCACUCUCCCUCUUUGUAGUGCGUCCUGCGGGAUGGAGAGAUGAUGUCCGGCGUAGGACUGGCAGGGGGGUUGCUAUCCUGACCCAGGGUGCAAUGGCAAUGCGCAGGGAGUUUGGUAGUCUUCCACAUUUUGGGACAGACUGCACAAGCUAUUAUAAUGAGUCAAGGACCCUAGGUGGGAGCUUACACCGGUAUUUCUCUAAUAUCACUUUGGGAGGCCGAGAUUAUUCAUUUAACAGUGACGGCUAUCUUGUGAACCCCUCCCUAGUUGUCAUCGCUCUGAACAGAGAAAGAAACUGGGAAGUGGUUGGGAACUGGGAUGAUGGUGUACUCCGGAUGCGCUAUCCUUUCUGGUCACGCUAUGGAACAUUUCUGGAGCCACCUGAUGGCUCCCUGCACCUUAGAGUGGCCACCUUAGAGGAAAGACCCUUUGUUAUUGUUGAGGGAGCAGAUCCCGCCAGUGGCACCUGCAUCCGUGAUUCUGUGCCCUGCCGGAAACAGCUCAACAUGUCAGAGAGCCUACCCCAUGAGGCCGUAGUGCCACUGAAGUGCUGCUGCAAGGGUUUCUGCAUUGACAUCCUCAAGCGACUGGCCAAGACAGUGGGUUUCACCUAUGACCUCUACCUGGUCACCAAUGGGAAGCAUGGCAAGAAGAUUGACGGUGUAUGGAACGGGAUGAUAGGCGAGGUGGUCUAUCGCAGAGCUGACAUGGCGAUUGGCUCUCUAACUAUCAAUGAGGAAAGAUCUGAGGUUGUGGAUUUCUCCGUUCCCUUCGUGGAGACUGGCAUCAGUGUCAUGGUCUCUCGGAGCAAUGGCACUGUGUCUCCGUCUGCAUUCCUUGAGCCCUACAGUCCAGCGGUUUGGGUGAUGAUGUUCGUAAUGUGCCUCACAGUGGUUGCUGUAACCGUGUUCAUCUUUGAAUUCUUCAGCCCCGUAGGCUACAACCGCAGCCUGGCCUCAGGAAAAAAACCAGGUGGGUCCAAAUUCACCAUUGGCAAGUCUAUCUGGUUGCUAUGGGCACUGGUUUUCAAUAAUUCAGUCCCUGUGGAGAAUCCCCGUGGCACAACGAGCAAGAUCAUGGUAUUGAUCUGGGCCUUUUUUGCUGUCAUCUUCCUGGCAAGUUAUACAGCCAAUCUGGCAGCCUUCAUGAUCCAGGAGGAGUAUAUUGACACGGUGUCCGGACUCAGUGACCGGAAGUUUCAAAGACCAUAUGACCAGUACCCACCUUUGAAGUUUGGUACUGUGCCCAAUGGCAGCACGGAGAAGAAUAUUCGCAGCAACUACCCUGACAUGCACCAGUACAUGGACAAAUACAACCAGAAGGGGGUUGAAGAGGCAAUCAACAACUUGAAGACCGGAAAGUUGGAUGCGUUCAUCUAUGAUGCGGCUGUUUUAAAUUAUAUGGCUCGAAAGGACGAAGGAUGUAAAGUCAUGACCAUCGGCUCAGGAAAGGUAUUCGCCACCACAGGAUAUGGCAUCGCAUUGCAAAAAGGUUCCAGGUGGAAAAGGGCCGUGGACCUCGCCUUGUUGCAGUUUGUCGGCGACGAUGAAAUUGAGAUGCUGGAGAGACUCUGGCUUUCUGGAAUCUGCCACAAUGACAAGAUUGAAGUGAUGAGCAGCAAACUAGACAUUGACAACAUGGCAGGGGUCUUUUACAUGCUUUUGGUUGCCAUGGGACUCAGCCUACUUGUAUUUGCUUGGGAGCACCUCAUCUAUUGGAAGCUAAGGCACUGCAUGGGUCACACAGGGAAACUGGACUUUCUACUGGCCUUCAGCAGAGGAAUGUACAGCUGCUGCAGUUUUGAAGAUGAAACCGAGCACCAAAUGAUGCCAGGCCCAUCCCAGCACAAGAAGCCCACGCCUCCAGCUGCACCAAAUACACCUUCCUUGCAACCCCUGGCACCCGCCAGCACCCCACACUUGGAGAAACAGAUGAUUGCCCCUCUCUUAGCCGCUCCUCUUCCAUGCUCCACUUUCCUCCCACGACUUGAGCGUCGUUCAGCUGUGGUUGAGCGUUGGCGUCAUUCCCGUAGCCCCAACCGACUAGCUGCACCACCGUCCAAGGCACCGAGCAGCCGAGGCAUGAUGUCAGAAAUGGGAUUUCCAGGAAUGAGCGGGAUGAGUGCAUUUGGAAUGCCAAGUUUCCCCAAAAAAGUCAAGACACCUCCUUCCUGGUCUGCCUUAGAUGGAUACCGGAGAUAUUAUGGCCCAAUCGAUCCUGCUGGAUUGUCUUGUGUUGAAAAUCCAAAUCCUGGUUCUUCACAGCAGGUGCCGCCACAGCAGGCACCAGCAGCUCAAGCUCCUUCAACCCAGGUGCCCGUGCAGUCCUUGCAGCAGCUGCAGGGUCAGUCAGCUUCUGCUGGGCUUGCCAGUCACCAGUCCUCUCAGCAUCCAAAGGCUGCGCCUCCCAGUUAUUUCACAAUAGUACAAGAGCGAGAUGAACCUCUGCCAAGCAGCUCACACCAAAUCCAACACCCUCACCAGCACCCGCACUUACAGCCGUCAGGCAGCCAGUCUGUUACAGUAGUGCAAGGGAAAGCCACUGAUGCAGCCAACAAGAUGGCAAGCCUGCAGUUCCAGAGCUUGAGUGGGGGUGGAGAAGGCUGGAUAAUGCCAGGGGUCUCUCUUUGGAGGAAGCGAGCCCAGGUUUCUCAAGCUGUGUCUUUGCAGAGGGCACAAGUGCAACCUACAGGAAAUGUAGCUGCAAAGGGAAAAGGAAAAGUUCUAAAGAAGACCAGAAAGGUGAAAAAGAUACCUUCUGGUACAAAGGGAGUGGCAAAGACUGGUGAUGCCACUGUAGAUAAAGACAAAGUAUCCAUCCCUCUUUAUGAAAACGUCCCUAUGCAGGGGGAGAAAAGUUCUGAUAAACUAGUUGAUCCAGUGACUCAGAAAGAUGAGGAUGAAAGUCGAUCCCGCCAGCCUGUACCACAGCCAUCAAGUCUGGCUAGAGGUACUGGGGCUUCAUCGGUGUCUGAUUCAGGGACCCCCAGCUCAGCAGAUGAUUCAGCAAACGAGCUCCUGGAGCGUCGAGGACGUAGUAGCACCCAGAGGAGCUUGAGUCGCACCAGGAGUAGCAGAAGCAGUAGGCGUGGGUCUCUGCCACGUAGGCCAUGCUCUGCAGCUACCAUCAGCAGCCUUGUACCACCACCACUGCCACCAAGAGAUGAAAAGCCAAAGAAAAAGAAGAUAGUGACAAAAAAGAAGACCGACAAGGAAGAAUCAGGGAAGAAGGAGAAGAAGGCAGACAUAGUGGCCCAGCAGUCCAAAAAGUCCACAAGGAAGGUGGGCAAAUUUACAAAGCCAAUUCCACACAACCACAGUCAUUAUUACCCCUGCUGCUGGCUAGAUAGCCUGGGGCAUCAAGAGUUUCUCCACCCUGCUCUUGCUUGCCCAGCGCACAUGCAAGGAGUCACGGGGAAAAUCCGAGGAAGAUCAAGGAGGAAGAAAGGCAAAAGUCCUGGAACCGGAGAGACUCGCCCAUUGCUCUUACACUUCCCAAGUGAGGCAGAGUGCCCACAGCAUUCGAGGGUCAUAGUGCGGACUGGGCGGCGCCGAGACGAGUGGGACUCCCAAUCUGAAUCCAUCUCUAAUGAGGAGGAAGUGGAUGAGAAAGACAACGAGGCCAAUCAAGACAGAACCACCAAUGAGACAGACGAAUAUGCAGAAUCAACAUGGCAGACCAGUGGAGAGGCAACUGACGCUCAAGGCUUAGGUGAGGAUGAGGAUGAGGAAAUAGAGGAAGAGGAAGAGGAGGAAGAAGAGGAGGAAGAGGAGGAGGAGGAAGAGCAGGAGGAAGAAGAGCCGCUGUUUGAAGAAUUUCACGAUUUCCAACAAGAGUUCCAGGAUUUCCAGAAGUUUACAAACUUUCCUCCAGAACUGCAUUCGGUCUCAGACUUUCAGGAUUUCCGCCCAUUCCAAGAUGAGUUUGGAAAUUUCAAGCGUUAUCAAGCUGAAGAGGAAGAAGAAGAAGAGGAAGAGGAAGAAGAAGAGGAAGACGACGUUGAUAACUGCUCCCGUAGACAACCAUCUCCACACCUCUUCUUUGGCACCUAUCCAGCACGGGAGAAGGGUGGAAGUGUGAAGAGCCGGGGUGGAGUGGAAGGGGAUUUGGGGUCAGUGCCGUGGCCUGUCCAAGCACCACCUCUUCCUCGGCGUUACUGGUCUGUGGAAAAAAUUGCAAUGAAGACUGAGGCAAAGCAAAAAGCAAGGAAAGAAGAACGCUCCACAUGCCGCAUGCAAAAGCACAGCAAACGGGGCCAUUGCUGCUGCUGUGGACAUCACUACAGUGGUGCACUGCUACCCACACAGCCCCCACCACUCAUCCCACGCAUCCCUGCACCUCCUAGUGGUACACAGCAUACCACCUUGGCUUCCUGUCGGAGCCAUGAAGACUUGUCCACAAGUCGCACUGGGGCCGUCCAACAAGCAAGCUCUUUUCACAAACAUCAGAAACCAUCUCCAUUAUGCGCACCACCUCCACAGGACAAGCCAAUGCCUCCCUUGGAAGCCCCACUGCCCAUCCUGAUUCCUUCAGUCCCGUCUGCUCCACCUCCUGCAACAAGCUCCGCCCCACCUCCACCUACUGUUGCCGUCACUGCUAGCAGCGCACGACAGCAGUAUCAGCGGAUCACUUCCUUCCCAGCUCCCCGUCGCUUCUAUUCACCACAUCUGCCGCUGAAAUCCAAGAGCCUCUGUUCUCGGCGGGGUUCUGCCCACUUUUCCAGCCUUGAGUCGGAGGUAUGAUAUAAAGUAGCAGGCAGAAAAGGGGUGCAGUUAUCACUCUGGACGGCGCUGCCGCAGCCAAUCCAGUCCCUCUCAGCUGGCUGGAGGAUGAAAAUGUCUAUAGGUUGUCUUUCAACCCAAACACCAAGCUGCCCUAGCCAGGGGCUGGCACUACACAAACAGACAAUGGUGUGGGUGGGCAGGACUGGGAUGGGAAAGAGGGGGCAGACUGAUUAGAAAUAUUUCUUUAUAUUUAUUCAGUAGAAGAUAAUUCUACCGGCUAGCUAAGUAGGGGCAAGGCAUCGCCCUUGCACUGACAAGGACAUACGCAUUAUUUGGGACAGUGGAAGUGAAAACUGGACAUUACAAGGCUUGCGUUCUUCUUGUCCUAAUGAGGUAGUGAGUCAGAUUUGUGUUCUAGGCACCAGAUUUGGCACCCCACUCAUCUUCAAACCAGAGAACGAGAGAGCACUGCAAACACCUUUUUGUUUAAUUAUUGCAUCGAUAUUUUACUCGUAAUGGGAGGUCUGUAGAAGCUGGAUAAAAAUGGUGAUUAGCCACAAAACUGCUGACCCUGCCUCGGCAAUAGUGCAAGGGUUCUGCAAGGGGUACUAGCUGUGAAUACUGUGAAAUCAACCAAGAUGCUAAAAAAAAAUGUUAUGGAGACAUAAGAACAGAAACAGAAAAGUACAGGAAGCAUUUUCUUGUCAAUAUGUUGGGUAAGGGCUGGGGAGGGUGAGUGGGCACACUGCACGCUGAGAUCUCUGUGGGAGUUAUGUUACCAGCAGAGACCAGGAAGUGUAGAGUGACUUGGCAUCAAAACACUAGACUUGGAGAAUAUCAAACUGUGAACUGCAUCAAAGCUGUGUUUUUCAAUUUGAAAUCAAAGCUGAUUAAACACUGGCAUGGAAUGGGGGGAGGAGGGUGUCAAUAUUGUCUUUAUCCACUCUUUAAUCAGGCUUUCUGCCAAAUAGCGGCUUUAAUGCUAGUGUAAAGUUAGCGCAAAAAACCAAUGAGUCUCUACAAGAGUUCCUCCUGUAAAAUCAAUCAAUCUAUCUAUCUAUCUAUCUAUC